CCUUUAUUUCUUAUAUGUGAAGGCAGCACGUGCUUCUUCGCUCCGUUUUCCGGGUUUCGUCGCCGACAGAAGACCUGCAACUGUAGUGGCGCGUACUCGGUCAAAAGCUUAGUUGGAUGUUCUAUUCCGUGGAGCUAAUAUCUUGAUCUAAUAUAUCAUGGAUCGUCAUCAACAAGAAGGAUCGGUGGUUUCGAAGAUGUCCGCCAGAUCUGGGCAAUCUUCCUACCGGGAUCGUACGCAGGAGUUUCUUACAGUAGCCGAGAGAUUAAGGAAGUCCGUAUCAUCUGCUUCAAACGCACAGAGUAGUAAUGUUGGGUCGAAACUGGAGGGGCCGAAGUCGGCAGUCUCCAUCCAGUCGGAAUUCAACAAGAGAGCUUCGAGGAUCGGGCUUGGGAUUUACCAGACUUCGCAGAAGCUUGCUAAACUUACAAAAUUGGCAAGGAGAACUUCAGUUUUUGAUGACCCUACCGUCGAGAUACAAGAACUGACAGCAGUCAUUAAACAUGAUAUUACUGCUCUAAACUCUGAAGUAGUGGACUUGCAGCUACUCUUCAAUUCGCAAAAUGAUAGUGGAAAUAUUUCCAGUGAUACAUCCAGUCAUUCUGCCACUGUGGUUGACAACUUGAAGAACCGCUUGAUGAGCACUACAGAAGAGUUCAAAGAAGUUUUAACCAUGAGGACUGAAAACUUGAAACUUCAUGAUAAUCGGCGACAAUUAUUUUCUUCUUCAGCAUCAAAAGACCCCACAAAUCCUUUUAUUCGACAAAGACCUCUCUCGAGGGUCACAUCUGACUCAGCUGCACCUCCGGCACCAUGGGCAAAUGACUCAGCGUCUACUUCUCAACUGUUUCUCAGGAAAAAGACAAAUGGGGAUCCAUCAUCAUCAUCAUCUCCAUCUCAGCCCUUACUCCAACAACAGCAACAGCAGCAGCAGCUGAUUGCCCCUUUGCAGGACAAUUACAUUCAUAGCAGAGCAGAAGCCCUCCAAAAUGUUGAAUCUACCAUUCAUGAGCUGAGCAGCAUCUUCACUCAAUUAGCCACCAUGGUUUCCCAGCAGGGAGAGCUAGCCAUAAGGAUUGAUGAAAACAUGGACGACAGCUUAGCUAAUGUUGAAGGAGCACAGAGCCAGCUACUGAAGUACCUCAACAGCAUAUCCUCCAACCGGUGGCUGAUGAUGAAGAUAUUCUUUGUAUUAAUAGUUUUUCUCAUGAUAUUUGUAUUUUUUGUCGCAUGAUUUUGUUCCAAGGCUUUAAACUCUUUUAAUAAAUUUUUUUUCUUGUCUUGGUUAUAAUGUUUUCAUCUCAUUCCAGAGUAAUAU